AAAGCCUCAACAGCAAAUGUCGCGAUUUUGCGAACUUGCCAUCCGGUUUCCCACCUUGAGAAAACCUCUCUCUGCGCGAAACAUACACCAUCCAGGCAGAACCUAAAAGCCUCACUCUAGCCAACAUGCCCAAAUACGCUGUUUUAGGCUCAACCGGCAAGUGCGGCACCGCACUCCUCAAUAUCCUCAUGAAGCGACCGGACGCACACAUCAACGCAUACUGCCGCGACAAAGCGAAACUCUUACGUCUCAUGCCCGAGGUCUCUGAGAACCAAGACAAGAUAACCAUAUUCGAGGGCAGUAUCCACGAUGAAGAGCUUCUGGGUGCUUGUAUGUACGACUGCCGCGCCAUCUUUCUUGUUGUGUCUACAAACGACAACCUCCCAGGCUGUCGGUUGGGACAGGACACGGCCACGACGGUCAUUAGCGCCUUACAAGCUCUGAAUCAAGCACCAAAAAUUGCGUUACUAUCGUCUGCAUCACUGGACGAACAGCUAUCGCGCCAUGUCCCGGUAUUACUUAAGCAGAUACUACUCCGCUCCGCCUCGUUCGUGUAUGACGAUCUCGUCAAAACGGAAGGUAUCCUGCGCAAGGAAGCGGCAUGGCUGACUACUAUCUUCGUCAAGCCUGGCGCACUGUCGGUGGAUGUACAGCGCGGGCAUGCGCUAAGUUUCACUGAGGAGAAUGGCCCGCUGUCGUAUUUGGAUCUGGCGGCUGGGAUGCUUGAGGCGGUGGAUGAUCCAGAUGGGCGCUAUGAUAUGCGCAAUGUUUGUGUUGUGAAUACGAAUGGCAGGGCGAAGUUUCCGUGGGGCACACCUAUGUGUAUCCUGAUGGGGCUGGUGAGACAUUACUUUCCGUUUUUGCAUCCGUAUUUGCCGUCUACGGGGCCUGCUUAG